UACGAAUGGGAAGUGUCCUGUGCUGUUGUUCCAGUGCACCUGAACAUCUACAUCGUAUCCAGAAUUUCUGAAGCUCUACUUCAGGCUUCCUGUCUGCCCUUCCUGAAGAGUGCCAUCAUGCCUCUCAGCCAAAAGAUCAAAUUCUCCUCUCUUGAGAAAUCUGGUCCGGGCCUAGGGGGUAACCAUAGUGUCGAGCAUGCCCAGGCCCCUGCAGCUGAAGAGGAAAGGCCUUCCACUUCUUCUUCCUCUCCUCCUUCUGAGGAAUCUCCCCAGAGCUUCCCUGAUGUGCAUGUCCCAGGGUUACCACAGACAUCCCUGCCCACCACUGUGCCUACAGAAGAUGCCUCCAGUGCAAGCACUGCUGAAGAUUCCCAGACUAAAGAUGAGGGAAAUGCAAGUGCUCCUGAGGCUGCUGCGACUCCUGCUCAGAAUCCCCAGAGAGAUCCCCUAGUCCGGAGGCUGAGCAUAUUGGUGCAGUUCCUGCUGCACAAGUAUACAAUUAAAGAGCCCAUUUCAAAGGCAGAAAUUAUGAAGAUCAUCAGCACAACGUACAAGGAGCAUUACCCUGAGAUGCUGAGGAGAGCCUCUGAGCACAUGGAGAUGAUCUUUGGACUUGAGAUGAAGGAAGUUGACUCUAAAUGUCAAUCAUAUGUUUUGACUAACAUUUUAGAGAUCACCAGGGAAGAGAAUCUGAAUGGCAGCAGGGGGUUUCCCAAGAUAGGCAUCCUCCUGCCUAUUCUGGGGAUGACUUACAGGAAUGGCUACCAGGUCACAGAGCAGAAGAUGUGGGAAUUCCUGAAUGCACUAGGGAUCUUUGAUGGGAAGAGGCACUUUCUUUUGGGAGAGCCUAGGAAACUCAUCACCAAAGAUUUGGUGUGGGAAAAGUACCUGGAGUACCGGCAGGUGCCUAACAGUGAUCCCCCAGAGUAUGAAUUCCUGUGGGGUCCCAGAGCCUAUACUGAAGCCAGUAAAAAAAAGGUGCUGGAGUUCUUGGUCAAGAUCAAUAAUAUCGACACUCAUGCUUUUCGUGUACUCUAUGAAGAAACUUGGGGGCAUGAAGAGAGAUCAGCAACCACUCUGUGGGCUGGGGUAGGGUUUAAUGCCAGGGCAACCAGUUUCAGGGCCCAAUCCAGCAAGGCCUCCCACCCCUCGUGAAGGCUAACAGAGAUGCAUCACUUUGUUAUUAAAAAUGGCGGUUCACAUAUUAAAUAGUGGGGCUGCAAAGGGGCUUUACCUCCACCUCCCAGGCACAAGUAGCAUAUAGAGUGCACUCUGAGGGGUUUUUCUUUGAAAUUUGUAAUGUCGUGCUUUUUUACUGAAUCUUAAUUUAGACUCCGAAGCCACACAACUGUUUUUAAAGUACAGAAAGGAUAUUUAAUUUCUUUGACAAAAGACAAUUUUGGCUUUUCAGUCAGAAAAACAGGAACAAAUGUAUAAGGUUGGGUGUGGGUUCAGAGAAAGGGUCUCCUCAGAAAUGGUAAAGAAGUCCACAGUCAAUAGCUUAGGGACAUGACAGAGGGUAAGAAUGUUGGAAGUGACAGAUUCUUGGCCUCCCUGAUUUCUUUUG